AUGAAGAUUCAGUGUAACGUGUGUGAAGCGGCAGAAGCUAAGGUUAUGUGUUGCGCUGAUGAAGCGGCCUUGUGUUGGGAUUGUGAUGAGAAAGUUCAUGCUGCUAAUAAGCUUGCUACCAAGCAUCAGAGGAUUCCUCUUUCGACUUCUUCUUCUCAUAUGCCUAAAUGUGAUAUUUGUCAGGAAGCAUUCGGCUAUUUCUUUUGUCUCGAAGAUCGCGCUCUACUCUGUCGAAAAUGUGAUCUAGCAAUACACACUGCAAAUGCAUUUGUCUCCGGACAUCAAAGGUUUCUUCUCACUGGUGUAAAAGUAGGCCUAGAAGCUACUGACCCCGGCGCGUCCUCAAAUUCAUUGAAGUCAGAUUCUGGCGAGAAAGCUUCUGAUACAAAAUCUUCUUCUGUCUCGAAAAAGGUUCCCAAAAUGCCUCAGUCAUCGGAAUACAAUGAAAUGUUUCCUACUGAAGCUGGAAGAGUUAUGGAGUUUCCAACUGAGAGGGUUUCUUAUGGUGGUGGCUCUACGGCAGGAAACAUGUCACAUUGGUCAAUAGAUGAAUUUUUCGGCGUAAAUGAUUUCAGUCAGAACUAUAACUACAUGGAUGGAUCAUCAAGGGCCGACAGUGGUAACUUUGAGGAUUCUGAUUCUCCUGUUUUAAGAUCCAAUGACGAGGAAAUGGAGUACGACGACUACAUGGACCGGGUUCCAGAUUCAUGUUGGACAGUUCCUCAGGUCCCUUCACCUCCUACAGCUUCCGGGCUAUACUGGCCGAAAAACCCUCGGUAUUCAUCGGAUAAUGCUCUAUUUGUUCCUGACAUAAGCAUGCAACAGUCUCAGAAUAGUAGUAAUUUUUCAAGAUCGCGCAAUCAUCAUUAA